GCCAGCCAACCACAAGCCAUGUCCCGCCCCUCCCGGAACUCGGAAGUGCCGGAUUCAGUGUUGAUUGGCGCCCAUCCCGUGGGGGGCGUGAGCUUCCGGUCUCGCACUUCCGCUUCCGUUUCCCGUCUAAGAUUGACCUGGGCUCUGAGCUCGAGUGAAGAAGAGGUUGUGGCGUCGGGAGGUUCCAGGCGAUUCGAGCUCCCGCCAGGAUGAUCGAGGUUGUUUGCAACGACCGCCUGGGGAAGAAAGUCCGCGUUAAGUGCAACACGGAUGACACCAUCGGGGACCUUAAGAAACUGAUCGCCGCCCAAACUGGCACCCGUUGGAACAAGAUCGUUCUUAAGAAGUGGUACACGAUUUUUAAGGACCACGUGUCUCUGGGGGACUAUGAAAUCCACGAUGGCAUGAACCUGGAGCUUUAUUACCAAUAGGGAGAACUCCUGCCCUUCAUCCCUCCCUCCUGUCCCACCCUCCCCUCACACUGGUAUGGAAGAUGUUUUUAAAAAUUCACAUUAAUAAAAAUGUAGAUGCUG